GAAGCUAGAUUUAAAUCGGUUCCUGCGUCGAGCCGGGAUUACGGAGAGCCACUGGCGUAGCAGGCACUCGCGCGCGCUUUGCUUUUGGGAACGCCGGACGACGUUAUCGCGCUGGGGGGGCGCUCAAAAUCUCAGGCUGGCCCAGCUCGAGUCGCGGCUAUAUCGACGCUCCUAUACCCAAGCCAUUACAUGGACCGCGCGCACCGCAUCGCAACUUCGUCCGAAAGCACUCCCGCAGCUAACUCAGACUCUGCAGACUGCUUCGGAAGCCAGCGAUGCCGUGCUGGUGCCAGUCCUGCGGCCAUCCCUUGAUGAGACAACCAUCCCCCCUGAUCGCUCGGUAAAGCCAAAAGUUGGGGACACGGCAAGCACCAUGUCGGACGAAGACUACUCCACAUCCACCGCCUCCACCAGCACCGCCAGCAUCUUCUCCCGCCGCCCCUCCUUCUUCGGCGGAAAGCACAAGGCGCCCAAGUCCACGACCCCGACUCCCGUCCCGCCCCUCUCGCGGACCACGACCCCGCCCACCAUCAAUCUCGAGCCCGUGUCCAACGUCGCCGGCCUCAUCCCCAACCAAUACGAAUUCCCUCCGAAAGUGCUCACCACGCCGCCGCGCCGCAGACACGCCUCGCGACACAGCAUUUCAUCUACCAUCGGCGACUUCGGCGCCCAAUUGCACCGCAGCCGCAGCGCCAGCCUGCGCACUAACGACUCAGGCGGCACCUCCUCGCAGUCCUCGCAUAAGAGGACCCCCUCGGCCAACCUGGCGUCGCUCUCCUUCUCCCCGGAGAAGAACCACACCAAUGCCGCCCCGGCGCCCUCGAGGCCCGCCCUCUCCAUCUCCACCUUCACGCGGAACAAGAACGUGCGGCCCAGCCACAGCAGACAGGGGUAUGAGAGGGAGCCGUCGAGCGCCGUCGACAACCCGAAGACGCCGUUUGGCAUGGCCGUCCCGCUGAGAUACCCGCCGUCGCAGAAGGAGCUGCAGCAGGCGCGGCGACAGGAGGUGGCCGCUUAUGGCGGAGGGGGACUGGGGCCAGCAGCGCCGAUAGCCCUACCGAGCGGCGCGAACCCGAACAUCAUAUUCCAGCACAUACAGGAGAUGGCAUCCAAGCGAAUAUCAACACUAGACUAUCUGCGGAAAUCACACGAAGGCCGCAUAUACUGGUUCAACACGCUGCUCUUCGCCAAAGCCGACCUCACGCGCCUCCCGUCCUUCACGCCGCGCAACCUCGCCCGCCGCGCAACCCACUACCUCCUGCUCGGCUUCUCGCUGCCCACCAUCCUCGACCUCAACUCCUCCUCGCCGACCGACUACCUCAAAGCGCUGAACGCCCUGCUCCUCGAAUUCGAGCAAUACCAGUCCAUCCACCCGGCCGACGGCAGCGCGCCGUCGUCGCUGGGGCGGGGCCGCAUACCGCAGAUGUUCAAGCGGGUCAACGUGGGCGGCAAGGGCCGCCGGAGCAGCUCCGCCGCGAACGACUUCCCGUCGCUCACGCCGCAGAACUCGUUCAACGAGCCGUCGUCCGCCGUCGACUCGCCGCCCACGGACGACAUGCACCACCUGCUGCCCAACGAGACGUACUCGUACCUGCAGACGCCGUCGCUGCCCUUCGACCCGGACUUCUUCAGCACCUUCGCCACGCUGUGCGACGUACUCAUCGACUGCUACACUAAGAUCUUGUCGCUGCUGAGCACGCCGGAGAGCAUCGUGCACGCGGGCGGCGGCGUCCCGAGUACCGUGGGCGAUCUCUUCAACAAGGCGGAUGCGCGGGUGCGGAAGAUUAUUCUGGCGGGCGUGGUGCGCGAGUUUGAGGAGAGUUGUAGGCAGGGGGUGAGAGCGGAGGUGGGAGGUGUGGGGAAGGUGGUUUUGGGCGGGUUGAUGUAGAUGGUUACUAUAGCUCGGUGGAGAAGGGUAGAGGCGAGGGUGAACAGGUGAUGAAGGUUACGAGAUUAUGAUAUCCAAGAAGGCCGCAUGGGAAGGAGGAAUAGCAUAGAUCAAGGCGUUUUGAUUUUCGGGGGAUAUUUUUCGGCCGGGACCGCAUGGUUGGGGGCAUUUUGCUGCAUUUUUUGUCUAUUGGAAUACCUACAGUAUCGUUUUAAUUGAAUGCAAGGCUGCAAAUGUUCUAUCA